UUCACUCUUUCUUUUUCCCUGCUUAAAAAAAUAAAAAUAAAAAAUCGCUCUCUUUUACUUAGCUCUCAGCUCUGGACACCAAACACAACAUACAUCUCUAUCUCCCAUUCGAUUCAAAACCCUAAAUUAAAAAUAAAGAAAUCUCAAGCGAAUAGAGGAUCGUUUCGUUUGGAGCUCAAAUUGAGGCGUCAAAUUGAAAACGUGAGUCCAAAUUCUCUCUAUAGAAACCCUAAUUUUCUCACUAGGCUUUGUUAUUUUGGUGGUUUAGGAAUGGGCAGGCAGCUGUGUUGCUGCUUGUUUCGUUUUUUUUCUUGCUAAAAAGAGGCUAUCCUGCGAUUUAUUUAGGUUUGAUCUUUUGUGAAUUUGCUGAUAAAAUGUGAGAUUUUUAAGUUAAAUUAGGUUGUUGGUAGAAAGGGUGGGAGAGUUUUUCUUUUUUCCUUUUCAUUUCUGCUGGUUUAUGAAUUCUUUUGUACAUUCAUUUGCUUUGUUUUUGAGCUUUGAAUGUUUGGUCCUGAAUUCACUAGAAGAUUUCGGUCAGAAUGGAUUUUAACGAGUCUCCAGUUAAUUAUGAUUUUUUCGGAGGUCAGCAGCAGCAAAUUAGCGACCAGCAUCCUGGCAUGCUGCAAUCUUUGCCAAGACAGCAGUCUGGGAUUAGUGACAUGCAGCUAUUACAGCAACAGCUCAUGCUUAAGCAAAUGCAAGAAAUGCAGAGGCAGCAACAACUUCAGAAGCAACAAGAAGCUAGGAAGAUGAAUUCAAUCAAUCAGGUUUCUGCUUUUGCAAAACAGGCAGCUGCCAAUCCCUCACAGGCUUUGAUCAAUGGCAUUCCUAUUCGUGAAACAUCUAAUUACUCAUGGCAGCCUGAGCUUAUGGCAGCUAACACAACCUGGCAGCAGCGAGGUUUAUCUCCAGUUAUGCAAGGAUCCUUCAGAGGGCAUGUAUUUUCUCCUGAGCAGGGCCAGGGAAUGCCACGCUUGAUGGGUACGGUUCCACAGCAGGUCGAUCAAUCUCUUUAUGGUGUCCCUAUCUCUGCAACAAGAGUCACUCAGAGUCAGUAUUCUCCUGUCCCAAUGGAUAAGCCCUCGAUGCAGCAGAUAUUAGGCAGCAGUAAUUCCUUAACAAGCAAUCAGUAUACUGGAUUUCCAGAGCAGGUUAGCAUGCAGGAUGGAACUUUGGUUUCCAGACAGGGAUAUCAGGGGAAAAAUAUGAUUGCUUCUUCUGAUGGCCAGGGUAUAAAUACUGGAUUUAAUUUGGAAAGCCUGCAGCAACUGAAUCCCCUGAAAAGCAAUGGGCCUGUGCAAGAAAUUUGCACGAGGCAAUACUUGGCUGGUCCAUCAGAAGCAUCACAAGAGGAAACAGCGUUACAGGUUGCUCCUUCCCAGAAUGUAGCUACCCUAGAUCCAACUGAGGCACAGAUUUUGUUUGGUCCAGAUGAUAAUUUGUGGGAUACCUUUGGCAGGGGUGCCAACAUGGGUUCUGGAGGUUACAAUAUGUCGGAUGGCACAGACUUUUUCAGUUCGUUGCCUUCUGUGCAAAGUGGGAGUUGGAGUGCUCUAAUGCAAUCUGCUGUAGCAGAAACUUCUAGUGGCGAUACAGGCCUACAAGAAGAGUGGAGUUGUCUGAAUUUUAGAAACAGUGAACCUCCAGCUGAGAAUCAGCAGACUCCCUCUGUGAUUGCUAGUAGCAAACAACAGUCAAAUUGGGCUGAUAAUAGCUUGCAGUCAGCAUCUUCCUUGAAGUCUCGACCCUCCCGUCUGUCUCAUGAAAUCAAUACAGGUACGAGCUAUAAUAAUAUCCCAGGGGCUCAGCAAUCUGGAGUCAAUACUUCACAUGAACACAGGGAGAGGUUGCAGUCUCUUUCUCCUCGUAGACAUAUUCAGCAGUUUCCAGAAGACGGAAGCAAGUGGUCAGAUAGGAACCUGAUGCAAAAAGCAGCUUUUGAAGGCAGUCAUUUUCAUGGAAAAGCUACCCAUUCUUCUGAUGCAGGGUCAAAUACAAAGGGUGUUCCAGGUUCUUGGACAAAUCAACGGAGCAUGCCAUCAUAUAGCUCCAAUGACCAACCACUAAAUAGUCCAAGUGGCUGGAACUUUAUGGAUUCUAUACCUCCCAGCACAACUGCUGCUUUAAAAAAUCAGGAAAAUGAAAACUCUUUCCAAGAUUCUCAUAAUGUUGAUAAAGAAGUUCCCAUUUUUGAGGUAAUGGGUCACGGUGCUGGUACAUGGAAGACUAAUUCGAUUUCUGAAUUGGAGCAUUCAAAAUCUGCGAUAGGGAACCCACAGGCCAUUCCUCUAGCUUCUCCAUCCCAACAGUUGCUCAUUCCAGAGCGUGCCUUUCCUUCUCAGAGCCCCUCACAAGUGAUUGGUUCUCUCAGUACAAAUCAAGUCAUUUCAAAUACUGGGGAGAAGGGUCAUACAUUAUUGGCACGUGCAUCCUCUGUUCUGUCUUUACCUUUUUCAUGCGAUACAUCUCAUGGACAUUUGAGGAAUACUAUUUCUGGCACCUCAGUGCAUGCUGGCAGUAGUGCCCUAGGAAAGUUUUCUGCUGCCUUUUCCCCUGGUUUCCCUUAUUCAAAAAAUCAUCUUCCAAAUCAGGACAUGCCUGAUACAGGUGGACAAACAACUGCCUGUGAAUCUGUUAAUGAAUCUUUUGAUAGGUUUUCUUCUCAACCAAAACAGACGGAUGAAUCUUUUGAGAGAGGUCAAACUAAUCAAUCAGCACAACCUGACACAUCCAGGCAUACUACACAUAAUGAUUUUUCCUCUUCUGCUGAGAUGCCCCAGCCAAAUGAUGACAACCAAAACCAUGCAAGAAAUUCUGCUCAACAAUUCCCUGUGCUGGAAACUGCACCGGCUCCUCAGCAUUGUUCUUCAUCACAUGAUGGUGUUUCUUCAAAAAUCCAACCUCCUGUGUGGACAAGUGUUCCAAAACAGCUACGACCAUUUGGUGCUCAGCCAUUUCAGACUCCAUCUGAUAUGUUUAAACCGAAUCUUCAAUCACACAAGUGUUCAGGCAUAACUUUCUCUCAGCCACAGAAACUAGAAGAUCAAACCAUGCAAACUGGAGGGAACAGUCAAGCUGAAUCUGAUGAAUGUUCUAUGAAUUCACAUGGUUAUGUUGGGAAAGAGCAACCAGCAAAAGAAGACCACUUGCAGCAAGUUCCACCUGAGAAUAAUUGGGCCCAGAAGACAAAGUGUGCUUCACAUGAGAAAGAAUCUGCUGUGAAUCAUCUUACUGAGCCUGCUUCAAAUCUAUCCAGUACACAGAAACAAAUUGAAGCUUUUGGCCGAUUUUUGAAACCCAAUAAUAUUUUGCAUCAGAGUUACUCCCUGCUGCAUCAAAGGCAGGGAAUGAGAAAUGAAGAAGCCGAUCAUGCUAAUAGGAGUUUGAAGAGAUUUAAAAGUCCUGGUGGUUCUGUGAAUGCUCAUCUGGUAGCUACUCAGGGAAGUCAGCAGAUUUAUGAACACAAUAAUAUGGCCAGAGAUGCAUCAGCAAAUCAUACUUCGUUUCCCCCUGGAGAUUCCAAAAUGCUAAGCCUUUCAGAAAAAACAGCUGAUAAUCAGGACAUAAACGCUCCUUCAAAGGAUAUGCUUGCAUUUGGUCGGAAUGAUUUUCAGAAUUUUGCCAAUAGCAAUUCUGCAGUUUCUGUCAGAGAUGAGCAUUCUCAGAUGAGUAAUCAGAUGGGUCCAUCCUGGUUUGAUAAUUAUGGAAUCUUUAAAAAUGAACAGAUAUUACCAAUGCAGGAUGCAUGCAAAGAUGUCACCAUGAAGGCCUCAGAACUGCCUUUCAUCGCUGGAAGACCUGAUUCAUCGCAUGCUCAUAGUUCUCUUGAGCAAGGAAUUGUUGCUGCUGCUAAUCAGUUUGGUAUUUUCCAAAAAAGUUCUAUCAGUUCAUCAAUAGCUUAUGAGAAUUUCUCUCAGUCAUUGCAGCCUGAUUCUGCUGACGUGAAUGUGGUGGUUAUGAGAUCAAAGAAGCGUAAAAGUACCAUAUCCAAGCUUGUACCUUGGCAUAAGGAAGUGACAUUGGGUUCUCAAAGGUUUCAGAAUCUCAGCGCAGCAGAAGUGGAGUGGGCACUGGCAGUGAAUAGAUUGACUGAGAAGGUGGAAGACGAACUUGAAAUGGUAGAUGAUGGACUGCCAGUCCAUAGAUCAAAGAGAAGGCUUCUAUUGACUACACAACUUAUGCAGAUACUCCUCCACCCUCCUCUGGCAUUGAUUCUUUCUGCAGAUGCUAUUUUACAUUACGAGACUGCUGCGUACUUUGUUGCCAGGUCAACACUAGGAGAUGCAUGCAGCACAUUCUCUUGUACUGGAAGCGAUACUCCUGUGCCUUCUAACAGCGGAGACCUCCUGCCUGAGAAGAUAAAAUCAUCAGAGAAGAUUAGUGAUCAAUACUUCUCAAAAGUCAUGGAAGACCUUAUCAGCAGAACGAGGAAGCUGGAGAAUGAUUUGUUGAGAUUGGAGAAAAGAGCAUCAGUUUCGAACCUGAGAGUGGAAUGCCAAGAUCUAGAGAGGUUUUCUGUUAUCAAUCGCUUUGCAAAGUUCCAUGGCCGUGAUCGAACUGAUGGGACUGAGAGCUCAUCGACCUCAGAUGCAGCUGCAAAUGCCCACAAAUCCUGUCUUCAGAGAUAUGUUACUGCACUACCCAUGCCUAGGAAUCUUCCUGACAGGGUACAAUGUCUUUCACUUUGAUAAUUGAUUAAUUGAUUUUCUACCUUCUUGGCUAAUUUCUCCACACGCUGCGUGCUUCCCUGAUUGAUUUUCAUCUAAGCUAUAUACUUGGCCCUUGCUUACCAGUGACCAUGUAAUGGGAAUGUAGGAGGAUGCAAAUCGUCUCAAAUAAAAUGCUGUUAGAUCAUUUAAUA